AUGACGGUUGACACCGAGGAUCCCUUAGACUUCCCUAAACUACCUCACGAGAUUCUCCUCCAUGUAAUUGCACUGUUGGACUCCAAAUCUUUAAUCGCAGCCAUGGGUGUGAACCGCUUCUUCGCCGAUGAGAUUGAACGCAUCAUUUACCGUUCGAUCUCGGUGAGCUCGACAGACGGCCGUCAUGGGAAGAUUCGCGCGGCUCUGGUGAAAAAGCAUCAGCGAACGGCGUACGUUCAGAAACUCGAGAUCAUCAUGGAUAACCCUACGACGUUUACGUCUGAGCUUGUACUCACCACCUUUGUCAAUGUCCGUUCGCUCAGCAUCAUCCCAUCUUCGAAAAACCGAUCUACGCCUGCACUCACUUCGCUCACCCAGUGCACGUUCCCUCAUCUCACUCAUUUCCGCUCUACGUGGAGUUUGAACGAUCCGAGCUUCCGCACUUUCCUAAAGGCACAUUCAUCUCUGAAGCGUCUCGAGUUGGGAAAGUCAUUCUCGACAUUUAUGCUUCCUACGUCGUUCCCGCAGUCAUUGCUUCCCAAACUUGAAGAGCUAGAUGGACACUGGUCAAAUGUUGUCCGUCUUGUGAAAGGUCGACCUGUUUCACGCAUCUCAAUCCGGAGUGCGAACAUGGCAUCCUACGUUCCUCACCAUCGCCUGGAACGGAUCUUGCCAAUCAUUUCUGAUGGUUCGGGUUCGGAGCAUGGAGUUCAGCGACUUGCGGUACACGUGAAGGAGAUCGAUCCCUCAGUCGUAAGUCUCAUUGCACGGGAACUUCCCAAUCUUACUGCGCUGGAGCUCGUGGAUUGUUCACAUAUGGAAUUGGAGGACACCGCCACAUUACUGAACAAGGUGAACGGUAUCGCGGAGGCUAUGCGAGGAUUCAAUGCACUGAAAGAGAUCCGAGUAAGUGGUGUCGUGUUGCCAAGUUCCGCCGUUUCGCGAGAUCUUGCCGAGGUGUUGGGCCGGUUUUCAAGUGGACUUGAACGCUUUGUGAUGGAUAGAUGUACUUGGGUUCGUCGAGAUGAUGGUUGGGAACCUUACUAGAUUGGAGUCUGUCAUCUUUGUUGUCGUGACGAUAUAGAACUAUCCCUGGCUUGGCGCUUCUAGUUACGUUAGUCUUUAUGUGUGAAUCAUAGGCAGUACACAACUUGCAUAGGUUUUGUUCGUUGGCGG